AUGGGACCAAACAUAAGAGCAUUGAUUAAUUCGUCCGUACCAAUCGGAACAUAUGUUCUACAUCACUUAAACCCGCAGGUAUUGUAUCUACUCCACUGCAAUUUACAAGUCUUGUCCUUCCACAAAGUCUGAGUAGCUUGGUUUUGCUGGAAAACACUUCAAAAAUGGCGAAUUUUCACCCAAAAACUCGAAUAGGUUACUUUUCACGUACUAAUUUGAUAGAUAUUAUUUGAUGUAUUGAUGUCUUUCAGGCUGGUAAUCGAUAGAUUUUGACUUUCGGGGACACCUCUUUUCAUGUGAUUUUCGCUCAUUUCGAGCCUGAAAGACAUCAAUACAUCAAAUAAUAUCUAUCAAAUUGGUAGGUACCAUCAUAAUCGUCGUGAAAAAUAACCUAUUCGAGUUUUUGGGUGCCUGAUCAAUUCAAGUCGUGUACCCGAAAUCGCACAUUUCAGAGAAUAACCAUACCACGUUCAUUGAUGACGGAUAGGAACAACGAAUUUCUUGACCCGAGAAAAUUCAAAGAUGAUACGUUUAUCGAUGACUUUAGCAGAACAUGCAGAGAUGAAGACACGUACGUUUUUUGUUUAGUCCUUACUUACUUCGUUAGAUCAAAUAAAUAUACUUUUCAGAGCAUCAAAAAAAAAAAUACUGAAGGUAUGAGUUUUGUUGAUUCAGAGGCCACUUGUAGUCCGUCUAGAAAUCGGAGUCACCCCGCAAAGAUUGAAUUUUAGGCUGCAGGUUUCGUCACUUUGGAUUGGCUAAAUUUAGGAAAUGCGCUCCAGCGCACAAAGGGGGGGGGGGAAUUUAAUUGUUUGUUUUGGGUGUUCUAGGAAUGCCUUUUUGAGGUUUUAUCGACUGUUUUGAGAGUGAGUUUGCCGAUUUCAACUAUUUUCAAGGAAGUUGAAAGCAUUUGUCAAUCUUUUUCGCCUUCUAAAUUAGCUCAAAGCCUUACAAAGUCCCCUGAAGUCUCCUAAAGCUUCUCGAAACCUUUUAGAGCCCUCUGAAGCCCCAUGAAGCCUCUCUAAGCCUCAAAAGCCCCCCAAAGCCCCUGAAGCUCUCCAGUUUUCUGAUAGCAAAAUUCACAUUUUUCAGCGAGAAAAAUCUGAUUAUUCGACACAAUAUUUUGAAAAAAAGGAUGAUGGUUCCCAAUUUUUCCAAUAAUACUUUAUACAUAAGAAAUCUGUUUGCAUAUUCGGAAUAUUGA